UUACAGAGAAUUCUCUGUAGUCUGUGGUCUAUGCCUUUGUCUAUGCCGAAGAAUGCUUACAAAAUUUUUUCAGCGUAGUAUUUUGAAAUCUUCUCUAAAAAAUAUGUCUCACCAAAAGUCAGUGGAAAACACCAUUCAUGGCAAGCUUACCGAAAAUUUAAACCCAUCGUAUUUGAAAAUUAUGAACGAAUCUUAUAUGCACAAUGUAAAGCCAGGAAGCGAGACUCAUUUCAAAGUUAUAGUUAUAUCCGAACAAUUUAAUCAAAUACCUAAUAUAAAAAGGCAUCAGAUAAUCUAUAAAUUACUCUCCGAAGAAAUGAAAAACGGAGUACAUGCACUAUCUGUAGUAGCUAAAACUCCAGAGGAAUGGGAUGCAAGUGAUAAAAACCUAGAACCAAGCCCGAAUUGUAGAGGUGGUUUUGGUCAGUAGCUCAAAACAACAUAUUUUAUGUAAGAUAGUAUGUAAUUUGUUCCGUAAAUAAAUUUUCACUUACCAAUACAAAAGACAAUAAAAAUUGUUUGGUGGUAUUAAAAGCUCAAUAUUUUCAA